AAAAAAAAUCGAAUGACCGAAAUCCUAGAGAACUGCUCACUUGUUCCUUUUCGAAGAAUCAUCUUUGCGAUUAAUUUUACGUAGUAGGCCUGGCCGCUUUAUGAAUUGUAAUUUUCGGAGCUAUUUCAUUUUGUUUUUCAAUCAAUCGACCUGCUAAACUAUCCUGAAACUUUGGUAAAAUCCGUACGACCGGUCCUGCGAAUCACUGGUGGCCGCAUCCGGAACCGUGUCGGUCAGAAAACAGCACUAGUUCGACGAGAAGAGCGCAGCUUUUGCGGUGAAGCUGAAAGCCGCAACCGACGAGAACGUGGCACGAUACAAAUUAGCGCUGAAACAGCAGAAAACGGUCUUCAAUACGUGUCGGGACGCCGGCAGCAGAUUCUUUCUCAUGGACAAAGGCGAGAGGUUGAAUAGGUGGCAACAGUUCUUCAACGAGCACCUCAUGGGCGAUUCAGUGGCUUUGAAGCUGACCAAAACUUCCCGGCACCUGAUCUGGAGACAGUCAAAAGGGAGGUCAGGCAGCUGAAGAACAACAGGACCGCUGGCGAAGAUCGGUUACCCGGAGAACUCUUCAAAUAUGGUAGAGAGCAGUUGGGUAGGUCAAUCCACUUGGUGAUUUCGAAGGUCCGGAUGGAGGAAAGGCUUCGUGCCGCGAGCCGACGUGUACAGGGACAACCUGAUCGUAAACAAAAGCGAAGUGUUGGACAGGUGAAAGCAGUACUUCAACGAGCAACUCAACGGCGAUGAAGCGAACAUGGACGGCGUUGGAGUCAACCUUGGAGCGCCCGCAGCUGAUGAACAGUUCCCAGCACCUGAUCUGGAGAUGGUGAAGAGGGAGAUCAGGAAGCUGAAGAACAACAUAGUUACCGGCAAGGAUGGGUUACCCGGUAAGCUCUUCAAAUAUGGGGGAGAGAAACUGGCGAGGGUGCUUCACUGUGUGAUUUCAAAGAUCUGGGAGGUCGAGAAGCUACCGGAGGAAUGGAUGGAUGGUGUCGUGUGUUCCAUCUACAAAAAAGCCGAUAAGCUAGACUGCGGAAACUACCGCGGCAAUCAGGGCUGAGCUGUAGGUUAGUCGAGGUUAGUCGUCGACUAACAAGUUCUUUAACAAAAAUG